UGUCUGUCCGUAACACAACCGUCUGCUUUCUCUCUCUUCGAACUGUUCGUCUCUCCCCCACCACUCGUAAAAUAUUCGUAAGUAGUUUAUUUUCUAGUGAGAGAAUCCGGGCGACAGAAUAGAGCAGCCUCUGACAUUUUGUAAAGGAGAGAGAGAUUUGACGAAGGGGUUUUUUUGAUUUUUGAAUGCGAUUGUUCUCUUGCUGUUUCUCUUGUCGUCUUCUGUUUAAAGCCUCGAUUGCCUAAUUUCUUUGGUUGUUCUUCAAAGUUACCAGUUUAUUAUUCCCAUUUCAAAUUUCUUCUGAUAUCCGACCGUUUGAUGUACUACCCUUCUGCAUCAGCAAUAUAGCUCUCUGGGUGUCUCGUUUCAGCUCUUGAGAGAGAGUUUUGAAGAUCAAGCUUUGUGGGUAUUUCUCUUUCUUGGAAAUUAAUUCUGGGUUGGAGUGACUUGGGAGAUUUAAAGAUUAAAGAUCAAAUCUAUGUUAUGUUUCUCUGAUUUUUCAGAAGUAUUUGGGGUCUCCAUGAGAGAGAGAGAGAGAGAGAGAGAGAGAGAGAGAGAGAGAUUUGGAUAAUCUUUUGUGGGUUACUCUCUGCUGGAAAAGGGGAUCAAUUUCUUGUUUCUGAGUCUUAAAGAAGCAGUGGAUUGGCAUUUUACCUUGGGUGGCUCUUAAAGGUUACAUACAGUGAAUGAUAGUGAAAGGCCAAAUCCACUUCAUUUUUGAGCUCUGCCCGUAGAAAAACCAUGGUAGAAGAAGGUAGUAAUGAUGUUUCAGCCGAUACCCUUUCGGUUGAAGAGUGGUUAUCGCAUGCCCAAGAUCUAGUUCCGUUGGCACUUGACAAAGCAAAGGAAGUCAAGGGAUUUCCAGGUAGAUGGAAGAUGAUAAUCUCAAAGCUGGAGCAAAUCCCCUCCCGUUUGUCGGAUUUAUCGAGCCACCCUUGCUUCUCCAAAAACACCCUAUGUAAGGAACAACUGCAAGCCGUUUCAAAAACCUUAAAUGAAUCGAUCAAACUGGCAGAGCUAUGCACGAAAGAAAAGUACGAAGGGAAGCUUCAAAUGCAGAGCGAUCUUGAUGCCUUGAGCGGGAGAUUGGACUUGAAUUUGCGUGAUUGUGGGUUAUUGAUCAAAACAGGAGUGCUCGGAGAGGUCACUUUUCCUUCUCAAACAGUUUCAACUGCUACAGAUACCGAGUCUUUGAGUCAUGGAAACAUUAGGGAAUUGCUUGCUCGCCUUCAAAUCGGUCACUUAGAGGCCAAGCACAAAGCUCUGGAUACCCUCGUCGAGCUGAUGAAGGAGGAUGAAAAGACUGUCUUGUCUGUCCUAGGACGGAGCAAUAUAUCGGCUAUAGUCCAACUGCUCACCGCUACUUCUCCUAAAAUACGAGAAAAGGCCGUUACAGUAAUUUGCUCGCUUGCAGAAUCUGGUAGUUGCGAGAAUUGGCUGGUUUCAGAAAGUGUUUUACCGCCUCUCAUUAGACUCGUUGAGUCCGGUAGUGCAGUGGGGAGAGAGAAGGCGGUGAUCUCUCUCCAGAGACUAUCAAUGUCACCAGAAACUGCCCGUUCAAUCGUCGGAAACGGUGGGGUCCGGUCGCUGAUCGAGAUUUGUAAUAUUGGCGACUCUAUUUCGCAGGCUGCAGCCGCUUGUACGGUGAAAAACAUAUCGGUUGUGCCGGAAGUGAGGCAGACUUUAGCCGAAGAAGGGGUUAUAAAAGUUAUGAUCAAUCUCCUUGAUUGUGGAAUUUUAUUGGGAUCGAAAGAAUACGCAGCCGAAUGCCUACAGAAUCUCACUUCGAGCAAUGAAAUUCUCCGAAGGAAUGUUAUUUCAGAUGGUGGGAUUCGAAGCUUGUUAGUAUAUCUCGACGGGCCAUUGCCCCAAGAAUCAGCAGUCGGGGCAUUGAGGAAUUUGAUAGGCUCGGUUCCGGUUGAUGUUUUGGUUUCUCUAGGCCUUAUUCCUCGUUUGGUUCACGUUUUAAAAUCUGGAUCCCCUGGUGCACAAAAAGCUGCUGCAUCUGCCAUUUGUGCAAUUUCCAAUUCAGCGGAUAUGAAGAAAUUGGUGGGCGAAAGUGGGUGCAUUCCCCUUCUUGUGAAAAUGCUAGAAGCGAAGACCAACGGUGGUAGGGAAGUUGCUGCACAAGCGAUUUCAAGUUUAGUGAGCUUUUCACAGAACAGGAGAGAAGUGAAAAGGGAUGAGAAAAGUGUGCCUAAUUUGGUCCAGUUGCUUGAUCCGAGCCCUCAAAAUACUGCAAAAAAGUACGCCGUUUCAUGCCUUGCGUCGAUCUCAUCGAGCAAGAAAUGCAAGAAGCUGAUGAUUUCUUACGGUGCGAUUGGGUAUUUGAAGAAGCUGAGUGAGAUGGAGGUGCCGGGGGCGAAGAAGCUGCUCGAGCGGUUAGAGAGAGGGAAGUUGAGGAGCUUGUUCAGCAGGCACUAGGAAGUUGUGUUGUUUUUACUUUCUUGUUUCAUUAUCUGUAUGAAACAAAAGUACUCAAAUUAGUUGUUGGUUGGAUGAACUAGAGUGCAGAAGUUUGCUGUAAUCUAUGGAACCACUAGUUAGUCAAUAGUAUUAAAUUUAUAGUACCUGAUUCAGUUUUUCUUUUCUUUUCUGGCUUUUAGUAUUUUGUAUUAAUUCUCUAUUCCGUAGAGAGUACACGAGGUGUUGCUUUUGGUGAAUUAAGAAAUGUAGGGGAAGAAAUGAGACUUUUUUGUCUAA